CUUUGUUUUGUUUGUUGUUGUUCGCUGCCAUCGCUGGCUCCGGCAAUGCUAAAUAAAUUGAAAAACUCUAUGGCAAAAGUUAAUUGUUAAAAUUUUCUUGAAAAUCUGUUGCGAAAGUAGUAAAAUGGCCGCCACCGCCGCCACUGUGAACGAAUUUGGUCCCGACUCUGGAGGUCGCAUCAAAGGGGUGACCAUUGUGAAACCGAUCGUGUACGGAAAUUUUGCACGAUGGUUCGGUAAAAAGCGUGAAGAGGAUGGUCAUACGCAUCAGUGGACGGUCUAUGUUAAGCCAUUCACGAACGAGGACAUGUCCAAGUUCAUCAAAAAGGUUCACUUCAAACUGCACGAGAGCUACCCAAACCCAAGUCGAGUGGUCGUGAGGCCACCGUACGAGGUCACUGAGACGGGUUGGGGAGAGUUCGAGAUCACCAUCAAGAUACACUUCCAUGACCCUAACGAAAGGCCUGUCACACUCUACCACAUAUUGAAACUAUUCCAAUCAGGACCCGAGUCCUUGGUGGCCAAAAAGACUUUGGUUUCCGAAUUUUACGAAGAAAUAGUUUUUCAAGAUCCAACUGCCCUGAUGCAGACCUUGCUGAGCACACCCCACCAAUUGACCAUGGGAGCGUGGAAACAUGACACAGACUUUGAAGAGAAAAAGGAGAGAGCUCUGCAGAAUAUUAUUAAAGCAAAGGCUGAAAUUAAAAAAGAAAUCAACAGUAUGAAGGAGAAGGUUAAAAUCUACAAAGACGUGAUUGCCAAGUACAAAACAGAAGUUGCUAAUUUCCAGCAAUCACCGUCGUCGUCGACACUAGCAAUGUGAGUGUUUAUUUGUAUGCUUAAAAUAAUCUCAAAAUUAAGGACUUUUUAUAUAAA